CAAGCUUGAUGUGGCCUGACAGCCAACCCACUCCUCAAACUUCCCACAUCAACCUGCUUGCAUUACCUUCGUAAGACGCAAUUUGUGCUUUAAAUACUGAUGGCUGGAACUUAAUCCCUAAAUCAGAACAAGCAACGACCAACAACGCUUCCAAGAUGCCGAUCGAUCGAGCAUCCUGGAGGAACGUCUGGCUAUAUGAAGCUUCGACUGGGAACUUACUGGGAGGGGCUCAUCAAAAUGGCUCCAUGACAGAAGCGAAUCUUCUGUCGAUUCUCGAGGGUGUUCUUCUUGUUGUUGAUGAUCAGUGGAGUGUGAAACAUCGAAGUUCUGGGCUUGCAAUUGGAUCAAUGAAUGCACCCCUUCAGCCGGGCGAGUACGAAAUUUACUGCCAAAGCUCUAUUCGCGUGAACAACGAACCAUGGGUCGCUCGACUCAUUAGUCACAGCAUAUCCGGUCGAGUCGAUGCAUUUCGUGACGGUGUCCGCGCGCGCGAUGGAAAGUGUGUGGUAUCCGGCAUUGUGAACGUUCGGGCCCCGUGGAAUACGUGGUCUGGCUUUGAGGCAGCCCAUGUGUUUCCACUAGACUGUGAAAGUGUCUGGAUCGAGUUCAAUUACGGGCGGUGGAUUACAGACAUGGACGGCACAACUGGAGUCUCAAGGAUCAAUUCCAUCCAAAAUGGAUUGUUGCUGCGAGGUGAUCUACACUCAGACUUUGAUAACUAUUUGUUCUCAAUCAACCCGGAUGACGGCUAUAAAAUCACCUUUUUCGGUCCAGAUCCAUUUGGACUGGAUGGUAGGACCCUGGAUCCUGUUUGCCGUAACCCACAAGACCCUCACUGUGUCUCUGAUACACUGUUGCGUUGGCAUUUCCGACAGGCAGUUCUAGCAAACAUGCGAGGUGCGGGCGAACCGAUAUUCGAGCAUGAUUUCCCGCCAGGCACGGAUAUGUUGGCUGAGUUGCGUAGUGAACCUGAGCCCUAUGGAAAGCAGCGUUUUGAGAUGGAGAUGUCUUCAAGACUAAGAAAUGGUGCACCUAAAUCAACCUGACAGAAAAUUCCCGCGCGUGGCCACUCAUAUUUCUGGAGUCCAUCAUCUGAUUCUGCCAAGAGGUUUGGAGGUGCAAAGGAAGUGGAAUGCAGACGCGCAGAAAUGCUGAAGUCGCUAGGGAUUUAGUUACAUACAGCACAUGGCUUAACAUCUUGUGAGAGCACAUGCACUUUCAACAGCCUGUGAGCUGAGGUCCUCAGCCCUUACAGAUGUUUGUUCAUUCAUGUAAGGGGUUCGCGGGCGAAUCCUUACAAGCAUUUUCAGCAGAGAGUUUUGAUUUUGCUUUAGACUUACUGUUUUGGGGCUUGACAAUCAGAUAGCAACAGAACCUGGCUACAACAGUCCUACAGUGCCGCGGGAGGCGCCCUUAUAGUAAGCCUGACUGAAAAUUGCCUACAUUACCUGAUAGAAGCAGGACACGGUGCGGGGUAACUUGCAUGACCCAGUGUACAGCAUGAAGAGGACAAUGAAACUGCUUAUCAAUAUUCUACAGGGAUGCACUUAAGGAAACGCCUUCUAGAUAUCCAUCAGAUUACCCGAUAGGCUGGCAGGCCCCGACUCCGACAGUUUCCAAGCUCUUAGUGCGUCUUUUACGCCAUCCUUGUCACCCGCGGCGUCUAUGACCGAACUUACUAGAUUACGCAUGGUUUCCACCUUCGCCUCGAAAUCUUCAAGAUGUACCCAGCCGUCACUGGGGACUCCAAGGGCGCCAAAGAGAUCCCUGUGAUCUUCCCAGCUCUUCCCUUCGGCAACAUGAGACGCAAGCUCAUCGGCGCCGAAUGUCACAGGACAAGAGGACUGUGGCUGGCCAGUUAAUUCCAUCCAUUCGCGCCAUGUUCGAAGCAUCAUCUCUCGAAACAAAAACAAUCCAUCGUCAUCCCAUGUGUACCCUGAAAAAUCGAUGAGCUGUUGUCGCGUUAAAGCUUGAGGAAAUGACAGAGCAGAGAAGACGUCAUUGUCAAUUUCGCAGAAUUUGGAAAUAUAGAGCCUGUGUAGUUGUGUAAGCUGGUAUCUCCGUAAAUUUUCCUCUUUUUCUUGUGGCGUGAGGCCUGUGGCUGAGGGAAGGUCGAAAAGCAAGGGCCCAUGAAUUUUCAGGAAUUUUGGUAUCCUGCACGCGUGAAAAGCGGGAAGACUUGAGCAGCCUUGCCAAUCAAUGAUGCUGACAAUCUGAUUUUCCUUUACAAA